AUGAAGCGGGCACUUCGAGAGAAUGUUAGUUCAUUUCGGAAAAUACCACAGCAUGCAGCUAAACGUUUGCUUAUCAUUGAUGCUAUGAAUAUGAUGUACAUAAGCAGCCGAAACAAGAAGCAGUUAGAUUUUUUAUCGUUAUUACCGAUUAUGCGGUAUUUUGUCAGGCGGGGACAUGCAGUCGAAAUUGUUAUGCCUGAAUUUUGCAUUUACAGGAAGUGCAUUAAAAAUCUCAGUAUUUGGAAGGAUCUCAACGCUUUGAAACUGUUAAUAGUGGUGCCGAAUAUGUUGCAUGAUGACCUUGUUGCUCUUACGGUUGCGAGAGACGCGUGCGGUUCUGUUAUCACACAGGAUAAAUUUCGAGACCAUAUGGCAUGUUUUCCGCAACUGCAUCGGGUACGUUCACGUAAUAUAAUCUUGGCAUUUAUAAAUGGUAUAGGAAAGCCAGUGUUUUUUACAAAUGCGAGAGGCGACAAAUAUUACAAAGGACGUUUCAAGUGUAUGAAUUACGCAUUUGAACAGUUUUAUAGUUUGCCAGAGGACGAUGAUUAUGACAUUGUCAAAAAUGAGCGAUGGCCUGAAGAACGCAGGAAAGAAGUACUUGAAUGUAUAGAUCGAAUUUAUGGAUUGGUCGAGGCUCAGUGUAUGCUUUCCGAAGAAAAACAGUCAAGCAGUAAACCAGUUAAAACUUCUUCCGCUAUUGAUGUAUACGAGAAAAUAGCGAGAGAUGAUGAAGAAAAAGACGAAAUUGCAGAAGAUGAAAGUAUAAAGGCUUUGGUUUGUUGGCGGAACACUGCUGAGAAGCAAGAACUGAAAGUAAUUUUUGUUAAUUCCUCUCCUUUGUUUGGUAUAGUGUC